AUCGCUCAAGUAAAGGCAGGCUCUAUCAGCAUGAAAACUUACAGCCGUGGAAUAUCCUGUGGACGCAACAUUUGUCCUAUACCGUACUGUAAGGUCAGCGUUAAUAAUGUUGACGGAUGCAGUGGAAAUGUUGAAUGGGCUAGUGAUUGUCGCUUGAUUCGCUUUGGCUCUGGUUACAGCAACAAGAUCAACGGAAACUGUCGCAUCAACAUUAAUAGAGACAGUCAUAUCACUGGUGUUUAUACUCCUGGAAAGGUUGCCUAUGUCGAAAUCAAGAGCUGCACAUAUUCCAAAAUAGUCAGUGGUGUCGUUGUCAACGGUCGUUGUACUGUAGGCCCAAUUUAUCAUUAAACAAAUAUUGUGCAGAUAAAUAGAUACAAUAAAAUAAAAGACCUGAUUAGUUGACUCAGGCUUCAGUUUACACAUAGCUGCUUUUUUUUUUUAUUGAUGAAUCUGAGCUUAACUUGCACACUGUAAGAGAUCAAGGCUGAUCUAAGAAAGGAGAGCCAGAAAACGUAGUAGUUAUUGAUGCUUUUGAUAUAAAUCAUCAUAA